GCGGAAACAAAGAUGGCGGAAGGGGAGAGCCAGUUUGAAGAAUUGGAGCAAAUAGACUUUUUGAAAGACCGACAUGUACGGUUCUUUGAGAGGACGCUUCAGGUGCUGCCGGAGAGGUACUCCUCUCUGGAAACAACCCGGUUAUCCAUUCUGUUUUUUGCCCUGUCUGGUCUGGACGUGCUGGACGCCCUCACUAUGGUGGACAGGAGCAUCAUGAUAGAGUGGAUUUACUCACAGCAAGUUCUGCCCACAGAAGAUAAAUCUAAUUUAAGCCGAUGUGGAUUACGAGGAUCUUCACAUAUUGGAAUUCCUUACAGGACAAAGGGUCCAGGUGUGUUGCAUCCAUAUGACAGCGGUCACAUAGCUAUGACCUACACUGGACUGUGCUCUCUGCUGAUACUUGGAGAUGACCUGAGUCGGAUCAACAAACAGGCCUGUCUGGCUGGAGUCAGAGCGCUGCAGCUGGAGGAUGGCAGUUUCUACGCCGUGCCGGAGGGAAGUGAAAAUGACAUCCGGUUUAUCUACUGUGCAACUUGUAUCUGUUACAUGCUGGGUGACUGGUCAGGCAUGGACAUCCAGAAGGCCAUUGACUACAUCAGAGGAAGUUUGUCAUAUGACAACGCAUUUGGCCAGGGAGCCGGGAGAGAGUCUCAUGGUGGCUGGACGUUCUGCGCCAUCGCCUCUCUGUGUCUGAUGGGUCGACUAGAAGAGGCGCUGAGUCAGCGGGAGCUGGACAGGAUACGGCGCUGGUGCAUCAUGAGGCAGCAGAACGGUUUCCAUGGACGACCCAACAAGCCUGUAGACACAUGCUACUCCUUUUGGGUGGGAGCCACGCUGGAGCUGUUAGACGUGUUCAAGUACACGAACUUUGAAAGGAACAGGAGCUUCAUUCUGUCCACGCAGGACCGUUUGGUAGGCGGCUUCGCCAAGUGGCCCGACAGCCAUCCAGACCCUCUUCAUGCCUACUUGGGUCUGUGUGGUCUGUCUCUGAUCGGAGAGCCCAGCCUGCAGAAAGUCCACCCCGCUCUGAACAUCACCCAGAGAGCCUUUCAGCACCUCCAGCAGCUGCAGCAGACGUGGAGGGAGAACAGCUGCAGCGGACUGCACUGACAGCAGGAUGAUUUAAAGCUGAACAGGUUCAGUAAUCCAGACCAUCCGUCAGUUAUCAGCCGAACUUGUGCUUCUUAAAGACAUUUGGCUUCUCAAAAUGUUUUUUUUUUUUCUUAAAGAUAAUGUUGCAACGUUUUAAACUUUGUUGUUUGAAGCCACUUUUCUUUUGUUAAUGCCACGCCUCUUUGCUGCCUUUUUCAUUAAUAUUUGUCAAUCCCAACGUGCUAUGUGGUUUGUGAGAAAACUAUAACGU